AUGAAGUCCGCUAUCGCCUCCCUUCUUGGAUCCGCAGCCCUGGUGGCUGCCCACGGUUACGUCACCGAUGGUAUUAUCGGCGGCGAGAACUACACUUUCUACCAGCCCUACCAGGACCCGUACAUGAACCCGAUUCCCUCGCGUAUCUCCCGUCCUAUCCAGGGCAACGGCCCCGUCGAGGACCUGACCAGCAUCGAUCUCCAGUGCGGUGGCUACACCGCCGGUGGCAUCAAGGGCUCCUCACCCGCCAAGCUCGUUGCCGAGGCCAAGGCUGGCGACGAGGUCACCCUCAACUGGACCCUGUGGCCCACUUCUCACGUUGGCCCUACCAUGACCUACAUGGCCAAGUGUGCCGGUGACGACUGCACCACCUUCACCCCCAACACCGACAAGGUCUGGUUCAAGGUCCAGGAGAGCGGCCGUGUCGGCACCACCGACACCUGGGGUGCCACCGCUGUCAUGACCGCUGGCAACUCUGGUGUCAAGUACACCAUUCCCGAGUGCCUUGCCCCCGGCCAGUACCUCGUCCGCCACGAGAUCAUCGCCCUCCACGCCUCCUACUCCUACCCCGGUGCCCAGUUCUACCCCGGCUGCCAUCAGCUCAAGGUCACCGGCUCCGGCAGCACCAGCCCCUCUGAUCUGGUUGCCUUCCCCGGUGCCUACGCCGCCGCUGACCCCGGUAUCACGUACGAUGCCUACAAGGCCCAGGAGUACACCAUCCCCGGCCCUGCCGUCUUCUCCUGCUCCGGCUCCAGCUCCGGAUCCGGAUCCGGCUCUGCCCCCGCUCCCUCCGCCGCUCCCUCUGCCGCUCCCUCUGCCGCUCCCUCUGCUGCCCCCGUUGCCCCCUCCGCCCCUGCCACUCCUGUCACUUCUUCCGCUACCCCCAGCCAGACUCCCGCCGAUGAUGAGGAGGACUGCCCCGUUGAGUCUGCCUCCGCGACCGUCAGCGCCGCCGCUGCCGUCCCUACUCAACCUGCCGACGAUGAGGACUGCCCCGCCGAGCCCGAGGCUCCUUCUGCCACUCCUACCGCCCCCGCCCCCGUCGCUACCCCUACUCAGGCUGCGGGCGAUGAGGAUGACUGCCCUGUUGAGUCUCCCUCUGCGACCGUCGGCGCCGCCGCUGUCGCCCCUACUGUCGCUGCCGAGGAGGAGGAUGACUGCCCUGCCGAGCCCGAGGCUCCUUCUGCCACCCCUACCGCUCCCGCUCCGGUCGCUACCCCUACCCAGGCUGCCAGCGACGAGGAUGACUGCCCCGCCGAGCCCGAGGCUCCUUCUGCCGCCCCUACCGUUCCCGCCCCCGUCGCCACCCCUACUCAGGCUGCGGACGAUGAGGAUGACUGCCCUGCCGAGCCCGAGGCUCCCAGCGCCACCCCCACCCAGGCUGCGGACGAUGAGGAUGACUGCCCUGCCGAGCCCGAGGCUCCCAGUGCCACUCCUACUCCCACCCAGGCAGCUGACGAGGAGGACUGCCCCGUUGAGACCCCCUCCGCGACCGCUGUCGCCAAGCGUAUGAGCAUCCACGACCGCCGCAUGGCAUGA